ACGGGCGGGGGAGGAGGAGGAGCCAGCCGGGCUGGGGGGCGGCGGCACAGUCUCCGGGAUCCCCAGGCCUGGAGGGGGGUCUGCGCGCGGCCCGCUGGCUCUGCCCCCCCGCGUCCGGUCCCGAGCGGGCCUCCCUCGGGCCAUCCCGAUGGUGACCGGGCCCAGCGGCGCCUGAGCCAGGAGCGCGCCGGUCGCGGAGCCGGAGGGCGGGAGGAACAUGACAUCGCGGAGAUGGUUUCACCCAAAUAUCACUGGCGUGGAGGCCGAAAACCUACUGCUGACAAGAGGAGUUGAUGGCAGUUUUUUGGCAAGGCCCAGUAAAAGUAACCCAGGAGACUUCACACUUUCCGUUAGAAGAAAUGGAGCUGUCACCCACAUCAAGAUUCAGAACACUGGUGACUACUAUGACCUGUACGGAGGGGAGAAGUUUGCCACUUUGGCUGAGUUGGUUCAGUAUUACAUGGAGCAUCAUGGGCAAUUGAAAGAGAAGAAUGGAGAUGUUAUUGAGCUCAAAUAUCCGCUGAACUGUGCAGAUCCUACCUCUGAAAGGUGGUUUCAUGGACACCUCUCCGGGAAAGAAGCAGAGAAGUUAUUAACUGAGAAAGGAAAACAUGGUAGCUUUCUGGUACGAGAGAGCCAGAGCCACCCUGGAGAUUUUGUUCUCUCGGUCCGAACUGGUGAUGACAAGGGAGAGAGCAAUGAUGGCAAGUCCAAAGUGACCCACGUCAUGAUCCGCUGUCAGGAACUGAAAUAUGAUGUUGGCGGAGGAGAGCGGUUCGACUCUUUGACUGAUCUCGUGGAGCAUUAUAAGAAGAAUCCCAUGGUGGAAACAUUGGGCACAGUUCUACAGCUCAAGCAGCCCCUCAACACAACUCGUAUCAAUGCUGCUGAAAUAGAGAGCCGGGUUCGAGAACUAAGCAAAUUAGCCGAGACCACAGAUAAAGUCAAACAAGGCUUUUGGGAAGAAUUUGAGACACUACAGCAACAGGAGUGCAAACUUCUCUAUAGCCGAAAAGAGGGCCAGAGGCAAGAAAAUAAAAACAAAAACAGAUAUAAAAACAUCCUGCCCUUCGAUCAUACCAGGGUUGUUCUACAUGACGGUGACCCCAACGAGCCUGUGUCCGAUUACAUCAAUGCAAAUAUUAUCAUGCCUGAAUUUGAAACCAAGUGCAACAAUUCAAAGCCCAAAAAGAGUUAUAUUGCUACACAAGGCUGUCUGCAAAAUACGGUGAAUGACUUUUGGCGUAUGGUGUUUCAAGAGAACUCCCGAGUGAUUGUCAUGACAACGAAAGAAGUGGAGAGAGGAAAGAGUAAAUGUGUCAAAUACUGGCCCGAUGAGUUUGCUUUGAAAGAAUAUGGGGUCAUGCGUGUUAGGAACGUCAAAGAAAGCGCCGCUCAUGACUAUACGUUAAGAGAACUUAAACUGUCAAAGGUUGGACAAGCUCUACUCCAGGGGAAUACGGAGAGAACGGUCUGGCAAUACCACUUUCGGACCUGGCCUGACCACGGCGUGCCCAGUGACCCCGGGGGUGUGCUGGACUUCCUGGAGGAGGUGCACCAUAAGCAGGAGAGCAUCAUGGAUGCGGGGCCAGUGGUGGUGCACUGCAGCGCUGGAAUUGGCCGGACAGGGACGUUCAUUGUGAUUGAUAUCCUUAUUGACAUCAUCAGAGAGAAAGGUGUCGACUGUGACAUUGAUGUUCCCAAAACGAUUCAGAUGGUGCGAUCUCAGAGGUCAGGGAUGGUCCAGACAGAAGCACAGUACCGGUUCAUCUAUAUGGCCGUCCAGCAUUAUAUUGAAACACUACAACGCAGGAUUGAAGAAGAACAGAAAAGCAAGAGGAAAGGUCACGAGUAUACAAAUAUUAAAUAUUCCCUCACGGACCAGGCAGCUGGAGAUCAGAGCCCCCUCCCGCCUUGCACCCCAACUCCAUCCUGUGCGGAGAUGAGAGAAGAUAAUGCUCGAGUCUAUGAGAACGUGGGUCUGAUGCAGCAGCAGAAGAGCUUCAGAUGAGAAAACCCGCUGAAACUUCAGCACAGAAAUAGAGGUGGGCUUCACCCUCUCCAUGAAAAGAUCAAGAACAGAUGCAAGAAAGUUUAUGUGAAGAAUGAACUUGAACCUCGAAGGCUUGCUUUGUGGUCGACUCCCUUUUGAUGAACAGAAUCUGAAACCAUUUAAAGACCACUCCGUUCCAACUCAACACCACCCGAUUUCCAAUUGCUCAUUUCCUCAGAUAAGCAAUCAUCUCUACAGUGUAGACAGUGUUAUAUUUUAUAGAGUUUUAUUUUAAAUUGAGGAAGCAGUUAAAUUGUGCUCUGUACUUUGCAGAUGGUGGUGAUUCGAAUCCUAGUUAUUGGCAUUUUUCUUUCUUUUUAUAACCCUAACAAAUUUAAUUUUCCCCCCUCUUUGGGGGGGAUAAUGGGGCACUUGUUAGAUGAAAAAGUGGGGAAAUUAAGUGACAACAUCCUGUAGAAAUGAGAACAGUUUUAUUUAUCAUCAUUUGUCCAGUAAUGGGUAAUUCAUUUUGAUGGCCUCUUUUUUGGGGGGCUAAAUGACAAUUAGGCCAGUGCCCCAGACUUUCAGAACUUGACUCUCUUCCUUUGUAUUGCCUUUAAGAAAUCAUGGGGAAAAUCCUGGGAAUUUAGGAUCAAGGUGUGCUUUUUCUUAGCAGAUAACCAAUGACCAUUCAGCCUACUGUGGUGGGGAAAUGUUUGCCAUAUAUGUGUGUGUGUGUGUGUGUGUUGUUGUUUUUUCAUUUGAGUAUUGUCUUGUAUUUUGAAAAAAAUGCAUCUGUGGAUAACCAGUGUUUUGGUUUUCAAUUGUUGCUGAGAAACCACCCAAAACAUAGUGGUUUAAAAUGUCUCUUUAUUUGUUCCUGUCUAUUCUUCAGUCUGAUGGGGCUCAGCAUCUUUCUGGUGUCACUUGCUGGUGUCUCUCUUGCUGGUCGGCAGGUUGGCUGAGACGCUGGGUGGCUGGGCCCCUCUCUGUACACGCGGUCCUUGGGUCUCAUUCUCCACGUGUCUCUCCAUGUGGCCUCGACAGCAGGGUCGCUGGGCCUCUUCCGUGGCAGCUCAGAUCUCCCAAGAGUGUAAGGCAGUAGUGGCCAGGCCUUCUUACGACUUAACCACAGAACUGUCCAGCAUCACUUCUACUGCCCUCUGUUGAUUAGAGCAAGUCACAGGCCCGACCCAGAUUCAGGAAGAGGGGACUCCACCAGGGCAUGAAGUAGAGGUGUAGUUGAUUGGGGGUCCCCAGUGUAACUGUCAGAACCAGUACCGAGGAGCAAAACUAUUGUUAGUAGAAGUAGGAGUUGCUAGUGAGUGACCCUGGGAAGCUGCAGUGGCAUGUGUAAGCUGGAAGAGAGGGCCUUCCAGAAGCUUCCUGCACCAGUUCUGCGAGCCCUAGGCAUCUUUUCUGAAUCAUCACUUCUGGUCUUGUAAGGACGGAUGUGUCUAGGGGGCAGAGCAUUUGAAAGCACCAUCCCAUCACUGCGGCCUCUGCAGAGGGAGGUGAGUAGGAGCUCUCUUCCUGCUACUGGUAUCAUUCAGGCCUCCAUGCAUGUGUGCAGUCAGGCUGCCGGGAGCAGGAGCAUCCUAACCAGGCUGCGUGGCAGCUUGAAUCAGCAGUAGGAUUUGCUAACGUGCUACCUGAAGUGCCUUCUCUCAGAAACAUCCCUCUUUGGCCCAUGUGUUGAGUCGUUGUUCGGUGACUGUGUCUCAGUGACAGCCUCACUGGUUGACUCUGAAGAACAGAAAAUGCUGCUGCAGCAUUGCCAUGAGGCGUGGUUUCCUCUCUGGAACCCUCCUAACUUUUGCUCCUGAGAGGAAGGACUUGACCAGCCCUGGUUGUAGUUCCCGCCUGAGGUCUUGGCCUCCCUUGAAACCUUGAGAUCCUUUGGGCCGAGUGAUGGCUGCCAUUUUCACAGGCAAAAUGUGUAGUGUUCCUCCUCUAUCACCCCCUUCCCUGAUCCAUCGACCUUAGAAUUGCUUCAGAACACAAGUGUGGCCUGAAAGUGAUCACCUUAUGAGGAAUGUAAAUGACUACUGUCUCCUUGUCAAGCCUGCAGAGAGAUUCAAGUUCAGAUGGCAACAAGGACCUUGAAUCCUGUUCUUUUUAUCGCAUUGUCACAUUGAAUGGUUCUCCUUUUUUGCCUCGAUUUUAUGGAAAUGUUUUGACUUUGUUUAUUGCCAUUUUAAUUCUGUAUGUCUAGGUUUCUCUCUCUUCUUCUUCUCAUUACAGCAGUCCCUUUAGCAUUCUUGUAAUGCUGGGUUGGUGGGGAUGUAUUUCUUUAGCCUUUUUUUUUUUUGUCCGAGAAGCUCUUUAUUUGACUAUUUUUUUUUUAAAUUUAAAUUCUUUAUUGUUUAAAGUAUUACAUAUGUCUCCAUUUUCCCCCAUUGACCUGUCCCUGGCCGCUCCCACUCCCCAGCACAUGCCCUCACCCCCCUACUGUCUGUGUCCGUUGGUUAUGCUUAUAUGCAUGCAUACAAGUCCUUUGGUUGAUGUCUUACCCUUCCCCCUCCCACCCUCCUUUGCCUUCCCUCUGAGGAUGGUCUGUUUGAUGCUACUAUGUCUGUGGAUCUAUUUUUGUUCAUCUGUUUAUGUUGUUCAUUAUAUUCCAUAAAUGAGUGAGAUCACAUGAUAUUUAUCUUUCUCCAACUGGCUUAUUUUGCUUAGCAUAAUGCUCACCAGGUCCAUCCAUGCUGUUGCGAAUGGUAAGAGUGCUUUCUUUUUUACAGCUGUGUAGUAUUCCAUUGUGUAGAUGUACCACAGUUUUUUAAUCCACUCAUCUGCUGAUGGGCACUUAGGCAGUUUCCAAAUCUUAGCUAUGUAAAUUGUGCUGCUAUCAACAUAGGGGUGCAUAUAUUCUUUCUAAUUGGUGUUUCUGAUUUCUUCUCUAGAAGUGGGAUUAAUGGGUCAAAUGGGAGUUCCAUUUUUAAUUUUUUGAGGAAACUCCAUACUGUUUUCCAGAAUGGCUGCACCAGCCUGCAUUCCCACCAGCAGUGCACAAGGGAUCCUUUUUCUCCACAUCCUUGCCAGCAUUUGUCAUUUGUUGAUUUGUUGAUGAUAGUCAUUCUGACAGGUGUGAGAUGGUACCUCAAUGUCAUUUCAAUUUGCAUCUCUCAGAUGAUUAGUGACUUUCAGCAUGUUUUCAUAUGUUUCUUGGCCUUUUGUAUGUCCUCUUUCGAAAAGUGCCUAUUUAGAUCCUGUGCCCAUUUUUUGAUUGGAUUGUUUAUCUUCCUUUUGUUAAGUUGUGUGAGUUCCCUAUAAAUUUUGGAGAUUAAACCCUUAUUGGAUAUAACAUUGACGAAUAUGUUCUCUCAUGUAGUGGGCUCUCUUUUUGUUUUGUUGUGACCGUCUAUGUUGAAUGAUAGCCUUGCAGUAAUCUUGGUUUCAGAUCUUUGCUUUCCAUUACCUUGAGUACUUCAUGCCAUUUCCUUCUAGCCCAUAGAGUUUCUGAUGAGAAAUCAGGUGUCAGCCUUAUGGGAACUCCUUUGUAGAUAAUAGUUUGCUUUUCUCUUGCUGCUUUUAAGAUUCUCUCUUUUUCUUUAAUUUUUGGCAUAUUAAUUAUGAUGUGUCUGGGUGUAGACCCAUUUGGGUUCUUCUGGCUUGGGGUUCUUUGUGCCUCCUGUACUUGUGUGACUUUUUCUUUUACCAGGUUAGGGAAGUUUUCUGCCAUUAUUUCUUCAAACACGUUCACUAUCCCUUUUUCCCUUUCUGCCUCUUCUGGCACACCUGCUAUUCAAAUGUUGUUUUGUUUCAUGUUGUCCCAUAGCUCCCUUAAGUUAUCAUCCUGUUUUUUAAUUGUUUUUUCUUUUGGUUCUCUGAUUGAGUGAUUUUUUUUCAACCCUGUCUUCUAAUUCACUGAUUUGGUCCUCAGCUUCCCCUAAUCUGCUGUGUAUUCCUUCCAAUAUGUUUUGUAUUUGUGCUAUAUCAUUCUUUAUUUUACACUGUUCUUUUUUCAUAGUUACUAUAUCUUUUCUCAUGCUGUUGAGCACUUUUACCAUUAUUAUUCUGAUGUCUGUUUCAGAUAAGUUUUUUUUUUAAUCUCCAUUUCAUUUAUAUCUUCUUCUGGAAAAUUCUCUUGUUCUUUCAUUUGUGGGUUGUUUUUUUGUUUCCUCAUUUUGGCUGCCUGUUUGGGUUUGUGACUAGGUAUUAAGUAGAUCUGCUACACCUCUCAAUCUCUAGUGCAGGACAGUGUCAAAUGCUGUUUCUGACGAAUUAGAUCAAGCAAAGACUCAAAGCCUCCAGAGACCACCUCUGGCUACAGAUUGAUAGGCUUCCUCUUGAUCUGCCCUCAGGCAGUUGUACACAGGGCAAGAGUUUUUUUCCAACAGGGUGGGGUAAUUGUUGCUGCCUGGAGGCUAAUUGUUAUUCUCAGUCUUGUUAGGGACAAGGUGUUUUCCAAUAGGGUUGGUCAGCUGUCUUCCCCUCAGGCAGUGCGGCCUGUAUAGCAAUUGUCUGUGUGUGUGAGAAAGAUGACCUUUGUAGCAUGAGGGAAUGGUUCAGCACAGGAAACUGAGGUGUCUGCUUUCUGAGCUCUAACCCCAGAGCCCUGGAUCCUGGCUUCUGCUCACCCAGCUCCAGUCCACUCUGCUGUUCCUCUGUCAGAGCACAAGAUGGGUGGCUCCACCGGGAAUGUUAUUUGUUGGCCCUUUAAGAAGAUGCCUGAAUUUCCAACCAUCUCUCCCUGUCAGACAGCUACCCCACUGCUUUCACAGCCAUAUAUUAUGUGGGUACCCUUUUCAGUUCUGGUGCUCUCUGCUGGGGGGCCUACCUUGGGAAUUAGACCCCAGAGUUCUCAGUGGCAACCCCCCACAGCUGAGAUAUCUCCGGAACUUCAGCUGCUGUCUGUGGGGGCCCAGCCAGCCCUUUCGCGCCUCUGCCCCUCUUACCAGCCUCUAUGCAGUCUCCACUUUUGGUCCUUGGUUAUCAGGGUUCUCUCCAGCAAGUCUUCCAUUGAUUAUUCAGUAAGUUCUUCUGUAUUUUAGUUGUAAUUCCAGUUUGGACCUGGGAGCAUGUCUGUGAAGCAUCCACUUACUCCACCGCUAUUUUUUAAUCUCCAUGUUUUUGACUCUGGACUUUGGGGGCAAAGUCUCUCACCAGCAUACAAGGGUCUGAUUGUAUAAAUGUAUCCGCUACAUUAAGCCUCUGCCUGUAGCUUUCGAUCGGUGGUUUUUGCCCUUGGAACGGAAACACCAGAUCUUGGCUCGCUCUCUUCUGAUAUAGGACAUUGAUUUCAUUUAGAUUUCCCUCCACCAUGUCAGUAAACUAUCAUGUUAGGUCAGCUUUUGCCAGACAAGAUUAUGACAGUUCCGCGGUGCUAAGUUUUAUUGUGUUUGAUAAAAGGGGAUUAUUGCAGGUUCUCAGAUUUCUUUCUGUGGGAUGGAAUCAGGCAAGUGAAGAUGUGGGGAGUUCAGAGUGCAGGUUAAAAAUAAAAUAGUGGAAAUGGAAGUUCCAAAGAGGUGGUUUCUAGGAUGUCAAAGGGCCCAGGGCCACAGCAGUCAGUAAUAUUUGAAUCAGGUUACCCGGAAGAUAGGUGUGAGAGAGACAUGGAUGCGGUCAGCUUCGGGGUCGCUGGUAGACAUAAAAUUUGCACAAUAUCCCAUAGCUGGUUGAGUAUUUUAAAAUUAUAAGCAUAGGAUUUUAUAUUUGGGAUGAAGAAAUUAUCUGGUAUGUGCUACUUGGGUUUUUUUUUUAAAUGCCAAAUUUCAGUCUUAAUAACUUUUAUAAAAAAUAAAAACCUAAAGACACCUCAUAUCUACUGUGUGAUCCUCCUGAAAAUGAUGUUCAUCUAUUCUGUGGGAAUCAGUGGCUUUUCAAACGUGGUUGAGUGGGGUUGAGAAAAUAGAUGGAUGACUUUCUUGGCGUUUUGCAUUCUUUAAGGAGCCCAGUUGCGUUGGAAAAGCCAAGAAAAUCAUCAAGAUUAUUUUUAGGGGUGAUUGUACUGGGGAUUGUAAGAAUAAGAUAAGGUCUUGGGUUAUUUCUAGUUUAGGGGAAUGUGGAAAAGUAUUCAGUUGUGAAGUGCUUUGUUGUAGUUAAUUAAUCCAUAAGGGGAACGUAGACUGUAGAUGUAAGUGCAAACCCAGUGCAACUUUCUGUAUGUUGUUGGGGGAAUAAAGUUUUGGGGGAAUAAAGUUUUACAGAGCAAGCACAUCACCUCCCUGAUUUCACAAUGCCCGUAUUAGCCCUUAAUUUUGUUGAAGUCUUUUUCCCUCUUCCUCUUGAAAAACAAGUUCCAAAAUAUAGUGUAUUGAAUCUUCCAUCAUUAAAACGUUUGCUCUUUUUUCGCUACGAGCAGUUCACACAUGGCAAAGCUAUUAAACAGUUGGUUUUAGUGUGGUGUAUAACUUUGCUGUAUAUCAAACUAAUUUUUACAAGUUUUCAUCCCAAACCUCAAAUCAUGUAAUUAAUAAUUUGCCUGUCUUAUUUAUGACCUAAUUGUGAUUCUUUUAUUAAUAAAAGCUAAUGGAAAAGGAUCCUUUAUUAAGCUGAUGACUAGACCUACAUUUAAUUUUCCUGCAGUAUAUGAAGUAUUGUACCAGAGUAUUAAAAGAUAUGUAAUAUUUUAUUGAUAAAUCUAUCCUUUAAAAGGAAUACGUUUUAGGAUGUCAUCAUUCUGAUGUGAAUCAUGUAAAUGUUGAUAAUAUGCACUGUUUAUUAUACAUUUAGUGUUUCCAGAGAUUCACUUAAUUGCCUUUUUGCCCACGUAUUAUGCAGUCUAUUUGCAAUUGUUUUUAAAAAGUGACAUUAAAAGAAUAGUUUAUGUAGAGAAAUAUUAGUGGGUAUUAAUUGUCCCCCCACCUGUAUUUAUGGGUGUUAGUUCAACUGCUUUGCUAGCUGCAAAGCUGAAUUACCAGAGUACAAGUGUAUUUGUAAACUGUAUGGGAACUAAAAAUUAGGAAUAAAACCAUUUUCUUAUAUGAUGGUACUUGUCAUUUACUUCAUCAGACAUGUCCAAGAAGCACUGGGAUUACAGGCCACUUAGCCCUUUACACCAGCAAAAUGCUGACAGUCAGCAGCUCUUACCUAGAAGAUAAGUUGGAAUGUAGACUGAUUGCCAGGUCCUUGAGAUUUUAUUAAGUGCCUACUCUAUGUAUAGCUUUGGGAGACAGAAGGGGAAUUGUUGUUUU